AUGAGGGAGGUAUUGCAUCUUCAAGUUGGACAGUGUGGCAAUCAGGUCGGAUUGAAGUUUUGGGAGACGAUAAGUGCUGAACAUGGUAUACUGCCUAAUGGACAUUUCGAUGAAAAUAAUGAAAUCGAAGAGAGCUUGGACAGAAUAGAUGUGUACUGGAAUGAGGUGUCCGGGGACAGGUACGUUCCUCGUGCUGUGGUAAUAGACUUGGAACCAGGAGUUAUCGACGUCAUCAAAGCAAGCAAAUAUGGUGAAGCCUUUAGACCUGACAACUUUGUUCAUGGUCAGAAUGGAGCAGGCAACAACUGGGCAACAGGUCAUUACACAGAAGGGGCUGAACUCGCUGACAACGUUAUGGAAGUAGUGAGAAAGGAAUUUGAAGCAUGUGACAGUCCCCAGGGGUUCCAGCUCUGUCACUCUCUAGGAGGGGGCACUGGUUCCGGGUUCGGUACUCUCCUUCUAAACCGCCUCAGAGAGGAAUACUAUGAUAGAAUCAUCAUGAGCUUCUCCGUGUAUCCGUCUCCUAAAGUGUCUGACGUUGUUGUGGAACCGUAUAAUGCCCUUCUCUCUAUGCACCAACUUAUUGAGAAUACUGACGAAUCUUUUUGUUUUGACAACGAGGCUCUCUAUCGAAUCUGCACUGAAACUCUGAUGAUAAAAACUCCAAACUACUCAGACCUUAACGGUCUUGUGUGUAACACCAUGGCGGGAAUCACAACGUCACUCAGAUUCCCUGGACAGUUAAAUGCAGAUCUUAGAAAGUUAGCAGUGAACAUGGUGCCAUUUCCAAGACUCCAUUUCUUUGUUUCCAGUUACGCGCCACUGUUGAGUGAGGCAAACGCCAAGUUCCGUGCCCAUAGAGUACAGGAUUUGAUAAGUCAACUGUUCGACAGCAAAAGUAUGAUGGCUGACUGCAAUCCCGGCUUUGGCAAAUAUCUUACUGUUGCGUGUAUGCUGCGAGGGAAAAUCUCAAUGAGGGAGGUCGACAAACACAUGGCAGAUCUUCAGACUAAACACAGUUCCUCGUUCGUGGAAUGGGUGCCAAGUAAUGUUAAGACAGCCUGCUGUAACGUACCUCCUAAGGGUGUUAGUGUAGCGGGCACGUUUAUCGGUAACAACACGUCUAUACACGAGUGCUUUGGAAGGACACUAGACAGGUUCUCUCAGAUGUUCUCUCGACGAGCUUUUACACACUGGUACACAGGGGAGGGCAUGGAUCUCCAGGAGUUCACGGAGGCGGAGAACAACCUACGAGACUUGUGUACAGAGUACCUGAAGUACCAGGAAUGUGGCAGUGAGGAGUGCAGUGAAGGAGAGGAUGACGAGGUUUACGAGGAUUAG